AGAAGCCACACGCGAAGUAUUUGCACUUUUAUUCAACAUUUCAUCAAUGUCCCCCCGGCCAUUGGGCGGUCACGUGGUUACGCGGCUACCUCACUGUGGCCACUCGUUUGACGUCAAAAUAACUCUUUCAAAUGUCACCUCAGCGGCUCAACAACCCCCCACACCCUCUGGUAAACGAGAGUAGAUGUUCAAGCGAACGGUAAGUCGCUGAUGUAUUAAAAAAUUCUGAUGUCACACCCGCUUGUCAGGUAAAGGGACUUUCCACAGACACAGCCACCCCGCAGAAACGCCCACACGUUCGGCCCGCCCCUCGCCAAGGUUGAAGCUCAUUGGUGGAGAUGCGUUAAUGCGGCUAGCUACAUAAUACUAUCGGGCUCACGCAGGGGAAUCGCUGUAGUUGCGUGUGGUACAGGGGCAGGAAUAAAAGUUUGCUGUAGCAAGAGAAGCUCAUGUGCCUCACCCCAGCUAUAUGGUCAGUGUAGGGGUUUAGCUUGUCGGCAGGAGGGCUGAAGUGGACACGUUGAAGCUCAGAAGAGACUGUGGAUAGUCUGUUUGCCUGGAUAUCUUUGGUGGAGUGCGUCUCCUGAAAAUGUACCAGCUGUGAGUCCUGAGCCGCUGCCCAAGGAUACCUGCCAUUUACUCGAGUGAUACCCGCGGCCUCUUCACUGUCCCUGGUUCCUGUUGUCACUCCGCUGCACUGAGCACAACAUGGCUGGUAAUGCUCAACAUUCUCAUCAUGGUCGUCUCCAAACAUCUUUUGGUUUAAAUGAUCCCCACAUUGAAAUAUUUGAACAACCUCGACAAAGAGGGAUGAGAUACAGAUACAAAUGUGAAGGGCGAUGUGCUGGGAGUAUACAUGGCGAGCACAGCACUGAGAACAACAGAACAUACCCGUCCAUCAAGAUUAUGAAUUAUACUGGUAAAGGAAUAGUGAGGAUCACACUUGUUACAAAAAAUGAACCCCACAAACCUCACCCCCACGACUUGGUUGGCAAAGAUUGCCGGGAUGGAUAUUAUGAAUUAGAAUUUGGUUCAGAUCGCACAGUUUUAUGUUUUCAGAAUUUGGGUAUUCAAUGUGUUCGUCGAAAAGAAGUCCGAGAGGCAAUCCACGCCCGAAUACUUCGCAAAAUGAACCCUUUCGGUGUGAGAGAAGAACAGCUUCUCACCAUCGAAGAUUACGACCUAAACGUUGUGCGCCUGUGCUUCCAAGUCUUUCUUCCCGAUGAACAUGGCAGCUACACCAGAGCUUUAGGGCCCGUUGUGUCCAACCCAAUAUACGAUAACCGUGCUCCCAACACGGCUGAGCUGAGGAUAUGUCGUGUCAACAAGAACUGUGGAAAUGUAAAUGGUGGAGAUGAAAUAUUCCUUCUGUGUGACAAAGUUCAGAAAGAUGACAUAGAAGUCAGGUUUUUUACAGACAACUGGGAAGCCAAGGGGACGUUUGGACAAGCCGAUGUGCACCGUCAGGUAGCCAUUGUAUUCAAAACGCCCCCAUUUCACCGAUCCAUCACUGAUGUUGUAACAGUAAAAAUGCAACUUCGAAGGCCGUCUGACCAGGAGGUCAGUGAACCAAUGGAUUUUAGAUACCUACCUGACCCAGAAGACCCACAUGGAAACAAGUUCAAAAAGCAGAGGACCUCAGAAGUGAUGCAGAAGUUCAAAUUUGAAAUGCAAGAAAGACGUGAACUUAGUCCUGCAAAAUUCAAUGUAAAUCCAAUUAAAAGAGAACAUUUCACUAAUUCAUCAGGGUGUGGACAACGUUCCCAUGCAAUGCAGCCCCCCACAAGACCACCUAAUGUUACUUAUAAUGACACCACCUCUGUCCAGACAAGGAUGCCAAACAACAGUUCAAGUAUCCAGCCCAAUCUUUCUCAGUUGUCUGUUUUGAACCCUGCCAUGCAAGCUAACAUGCACAGCACAUACACUAGCUCCAUUAAUAACUUCAUGGAAACUUUGAGGGCAGUUCCAUCACAGCUAAACACUCACAAACUCCCAUUCGCCGAGCCCAGUCACCCUAGACCUGAUGUAGCCCCCAGCAAUACCACCAAUAUGUUCAGACAGCACAUUUUCAAUUUUAAUGUACCCAAUACCAGUGGCCAGGUUUCCAGCUGCCCUAGUGUUCCCCGUGACAUUAAUUUAUAUACUGCACAUUCCAAUCAUAUGGAUAUAAGUGAGCUAGGCCAAAUGACAACCAGUACAGUAAAUGAUUCCAGUAUCUCAAGUUUAUCGUUUAAUGGUGUUCUGCCCAAUCCUAUCUUUUCUACACCAUUCAGUUACCACCCAUCAAUCCCUGAGCAAAGGCUACCAGACACCAGCAUUGCUGCUCCGCACAGCACAUCUAUGGGUCAUGAAAUCUUCCCGGGCAUUGUACAAAGCGAUGACAAUUAUAUCAGUGUGGAAUCCGAACUUGAUAGCAUAUUGCAGAACUUUGGAAGUACAAGUGAAAUGUUACAUGACUAGCGAUUGCUCAGAUGCUAGAUAUUUGGAUGGUCACAGUCCAGCCUUUUAGCACUUUCAAACGAAAGAGCUUACAGCCAUCUCCUUGAUAUGGGUCCAACAAUGCUGUUUGGGUCAAUAUUCUAUGUUCUUACUACCUUAGUAACUUACUAUCUUAGUAAGUGCCUUGCCCUGGUAACGCAGUAUCUGGCAUAAUGUAGGGGCAGAAUUGUUCCAAAUGAACUUGUCAGUUAUGUGCUAAACCAGUGAUCCCCAACCAGUAGCUCAUGAGCAACAUGUUGUUCACCAACCCCUUAGAUGUGGCUCCCAGUGGCCUCAAAGCAGGUGCUUAUUUUUAAAUUCCAGGCUUGGAGGCAAGUUUUGGUGCACUGCCAAACACAGCCUCAAUAUAGGUUGCCAAUCUACAUAGGGGCUACCAAAUGGCCAAUCAAAGCAAUUAUUUGACAUGGUAACGUUGCUCCCUAACUCCUUUAACAUCUCGAUGUUGCUCACGGGUUCAAAAAGUUGGGGAUCCAUGUGCUAGACUAUAAAUGAAAGAAUAUCAUUAGCCGAUGAUCAUAAGGACCUUUUGUACUGUUUCAAGUACUACGCUUUAAGACCCUUUUCCAAAUGUGUGUGUGUGUGUGUAUAUAUAUAUAUAUAUAUAUAUAUAUAUAUAUAUAUAUAUAUAUAUAUAUAUAUAUAUAUAUAUAUACAGUCAUUUUCUAUCCAGGAUCAAGCUGCACCACGCGGUAUUUCUGGUAUGGAAAUAAUUAUCUGUAAAUCUAAUGACUAUGUCAUUGUAUAAGAGGCUAGGCUAUAAAAAUGUAUCAAAAUGUUUGUAAUACUUAGAAUUAGGCCAAAAUAAUGUUUUCAUUGUUUAUUCAAUUGCUUUCUCGUGUUCGUGAUUCCACAUCUCAAGGUGCCUUUUAUUGGAGUCACACAGCAGCCAGCAGCCUAAUGUAGGGCUGAUUUUCUACUUCAAAAGGAACAAUGUCGCGUUAAAGGGCAGAUUUAUCAAGGGUCGAAUAGUAAAUUUAAAUUCUAGUUUUCGAGUGUCAACAUUCAUACGUUCGAAUUUUAGUUUCCCCUAUUCAAAUGUCCUUUCGAGGUCCAUUGAGCUGUUUGGAGAUGUUAAUAGCCUUCCUGACAUUUGAGGGGAUUUUUUUCAAGGAAAAACUUGAUUCAUAUGAAUACGAAUUGAAUACGAUUCAGAUGUUUGGUUUGAAACAAUUCGGUUGAAUAUUAGACAUUCAAUCGAAUAUUAGACAUUGUCACCCCCCCAUUAACGCAAUGAUACUGGAAUUCUGGGGAAAAAACACUGGGAAAAAAACACUGCAAAAAAUUGCUCUCGAAAUUGCACCUUGCCCACCUCACUUGCAGAUGUAAAUGAGCCCUAAAAUCUUUUGAAAGCCAAUGGGAACUUGAGCAUUUUCACUAUCAGGAAAAUGUAACUGACCUAUAAAUAGACAUUCAAAUUGGAAAAUAGAUCUCAACAUCUCUUGUUUGCAAGAUGUAGUAAGAAAAACAUUGAUGUACAAAGUCACCCGAACUUUCCUUGUGAGGCGACUUCAGAAAACGAAGCGCUCCGAGUGCCAUCCCGCUGCAAUUUAGAUUCUAGCCGGUGGGAAUGCUUUUCGGGGAGAUUAGUCGCACGAAGAAGAGG